AUGGCCUCCCCUAGCGUUCUCACCUUUGACGAUGAGGGUCGGACAGUGAACUUUGAGGUCUGGGUAGAUGAUCUGCAGCUUUUCCUGCAGUGCGAUAGGGCAGACGGCCUCUCCCUAUUUGACCUCACUUGUGGUGCCUCCCCUGCCCCUACUGCUGAUGCUGACGCCACUAUUCGCUCAGAGUGGGCCACAUGUGAUGUUGCUGCUCACCUUGUUGUGCGCCGUCACUUACCGACCACUGAGCGUGCACACUUUAGCCAGUACAAGAGUGCUCAGACCUUGUACAACGCUGUAGUUGCACGCUACUCUUCCCCUGCCACAGCUGCACUGAGCCGCCUCAUGCUACCGUACCUCUUCCCUGACCUUGCUGCCUUUCCCACUGUCGUAGACCUCAUUACGCACCUCCGCACUAGUAACACUCGCUACCGCGCUGCGCUUCUUGCUGAGUUCUGCGCCAAGAACCCCCCCCCCCCCCCCCAUGUACAUCACCCUCUACUACAUAGUCACCCGGCUCCGGGUGUUCUCCCCCCCCCCCCCCCCCUCUUGCUUUCUAUUGCCUCUACUGCUGCGGUCGACCUCGUUGGUUUUGAGUCGGUCGGCGCUGCGUUUGUCCCAAGCGGGAGACGCCGCACCGGCAAGGGCAAGGGGGGCAAGGGCACUGGAGGGGCUGGAGGGGGCGGUGGAGGUGGUGGUGGAGGCGGUGGAGGGAGUGGGGGUGGUGGUGGGAGUGGUGCGGGGGGUGGCAGCGGCGCCGGCAGCAGUGGAGGCGGCGGAGGCGGUGUAGGUGGCGGAAGGAGUGGAGGAGGCGGAGGUGGCGGAGGAGGCGGAGGUGGAGGAGGCUGCGGAGGCGGCGGAGGUGGCGGCGGCGGAGGAGGCGGCGGUGGUGGAGAGAGUCGCGACUCUGCACAGAGGAGUAGCGCAGGUGGUGGUCAGCGACAGCAGCAGUUGCGGAGUGGUGUGACCCUGUCCCCUCAGCAGCUUCGUGAGUGGUACACUGCGCGCCAGCGCGGUGGGGGUUUUGGUCCCUGCUCUUACGUCCUCCGUACCGGUGACCGCGCUGGUGAGCAGUGCGGAGGCCCGCACUCCACCCAGCGCUGCUUUGGUCGCCUGACGGACGCGUGGCGUCGCCAGUUCCCUGAGGCCUCAGAGAUCCCUCGCUGCGGAGAUCUGGCUAAGGCCGGGGUUGCUAUCUUUGAUCUUGACUUUGAUGCUACCCUUGCUGCCAUGUAUGCUGUUGAUACUAGUGUUGAGGGUGCCUGUUACCUGUGUGUACCGCCUGACCCGCUCAUCGAGGCCACUGCUCUGGGUGCUAAUGAGACUGCUGCUCUAGGUGCUAGUGCGUCUUCUGCCCCAGGUGCUGGUGAGUCUGCUCUCUCAGGUACUGCUCGGCCGGUUGCAGUCUCCCUUGCAGACCCCUCUGGGGGUCCUGUCCUUGCCAGCUUGUCCACUGUCCUUCCAUGCCCUGCAGCCCCCUCUGGCACCCUGUCUGGUCUCUACCUCCCCUCGUUCUCUACGAACUUGGGGCGACAGCGAGCCGCCCCUCACUCCUCCGAGUUUCCUUCGACAGAGGCUCCGCAGCAGACGCUACACAUGGACGUGUGGGGCCGAGCCCGCGUCAGUGGGAAGGGGGGAGAGCGGUACUUUCUGCUGGUCGUUGGUGACUACUCGCGUUACACCACAGUCUUCCCCUUGCGCAGCAAGGGUGACGUCACUGAGGUGUUGAUUGAGUGGAUCCGCGCAGCUCGUCUCUAG